AAUAUUCGUUUCGUGACGGGUUGAAUUUCAAAAAGACGUGGAACAACCGAGAAAUCGUUCGAGGAGCGAUGAAAAAUGAUUGUUUGCAGUUUUGUUGACGACUUGAAAUAUUCAUGAGCAAACUUGCAGCGAAAAAUCCGAAAUGUGCCUGCCUUCCUGCUGCUCGCGUUAACACUCUCGGUUUUGUGAUAAAAUUUCAUUCGUAUUUUUUUUCAAUUUCAAAAACUCCAGCAACAUGAAACUGUGCUUAGGGAUUUAGAAACUCUGUAGGUAAAAUAGACGAGAUAGAGUUCUUUUUGUCGAAAAUGAGAAAAGUCUGCAAACUCCAGGAAAAUGGACGGCAAAGAUCAUUUUCGCGACCAAUCAGAUUCGAGGACGGGCACAAUUAUCCCUCUCCAAUCCAUCGCAACGUUCUUUUACUGACGACACAUCUCAGCGGUAUGUUUCAAAGGGCAAAAUAGCUUCAAGAGAAGGGAGAAAAAUUCUCAUUACGGUAGAAACAAAGCACGAAAAAUUUUACGAAAUUCAGUCAUUCCGAGGCCACAAUCGUUAAAAUUUCAAAUACUCGAUGACUGUGCCGAAAAAAUGCUUUAAAUGAAAACCGAACUGUUUUUUCUGCAACGUUAUUGAUGACAAAUACACUAAGAAACACGAGUGAGUCGUUUCGUGUUUCUAUUAAAGGAUAUUCGAAAAAAAAAUCUCGUCACGUUCCGUGGCUCGCGGAAGCCCAUGGCACUUCGGUUGCUAGAUACUUGUAUGAAUUGUCGCAAGUCUGACGCUUGCGCUCUAGCCGAGACAGUGCCAGCUGUGCGUGCGGCAACGACGGAGGCCCGUUCGCCCUGCGCCCCGCGCCUCGUCGUGCCACAACUUACGGACAGCCGCUGUGCUGCUGCUCUUCACGUCAUCCGGACGUACCGGAGGCCGCACAUAGGCCAGUGUGUCUGAGAGGAGCAAUAAUUUUCCUAAACUAAAACCAAUAUGGCGGACACUGAGGAUAAAACCGAGUUGGCUAAUAUAUCGAGGGGCGACAAAAUAAUCGUAACCGUACUCGAGUCCGCCCUGCCCGACAUCAUCGUAGUUGUUUUCGCCCAUGGAACCAAGUCCUUUCAAGGCGCCCUGCUCGAUGCCACUAAAAGAGGUCUUCCCUGCGGUAUCCAACCGCCGGAGCCAGUGCCAGGACCGGACGGGGACAAGCUUUCGACGAUCGCCACGCGGUUCAGUUACUUUCAAGAGAAAAAAUUGUCCCCCGUUGCCUCGAACAAGAUUGACCUUCGGAGAAACAUCAAUCCACCGGCGAGGUACAAAAAUGCGCGUUCAACGGUCAGACUUCGACCGCGUCAGGUGUUGUGCAGCAAAUGCAGGUCGAUUUGCAACGAGAACAGCGAAAACGUCGAUUCCAGCAACAACGGAAAAAAGCGAAAGCUCGAAGCUCCGGCGGAAAGCGCUCCCCCGCCAGCGAGACGGAGCGAUCGACGGUGCAAUCAACCCCCGCAAAAAAAUCAACGAGUUUUGUUCAUGGAGAAUGAAAGCGUCGCGAGGACCAGAAAAAAUCCUUUGUGCUCGGACGGCGUCGACUCUUCCACCAAAUCCUCAGAGCCUCUCGUUGCACCCAAAGUUUCUGCUCGUUUGCAACCAAACGAAAUCGACGAUGCGAUGCAGAGCACCGGCACUGCCCAGCUCGCAUCGGAUGUUCAUCAAGCUUCUUACUGGCCGUGUUCAACGGAAGAUUCGACGUGGAACCCAGCGGACGCGUCGACGGAAAUUCGAGCCGAGCGAACGGAACUAGACAGUAGGAAUCCAUCGACGGCGUAUUGCGCAACACCAAGACGCUUGAGUAGUUCGUCGGUGGAGAGUGCCAAAGUGCCGGACGAGGAUGAGAAAAAGACAUUAGCCGCGGCAGACUCGACGGUAAUAAGACCGAAGGUAUCGCGAGUGCCAAGAAAAAAGAGAUCAGUCGGUUCGAUGGAGGAUCUGUGGGACGAGACUGUGUUCGAGGAUGCGACGAGGACGGCGAGAGCAACGCCGGUUAUAAAAAUAUCGUUCGGAGCCCAGGGCGAGGGGACGGUCUUAAAAAUACCGUCAAAAAUUCAGGAUCCUUACGUUCACGAUGUCGAUACCGACGUGGAAGAGCCGCAAACGGAACUCGAGAGAGAUCCGUUAGAACUGCCAGUCGGUUUCGAGGCGGAAAAAGCUCCAAAAUUGCCCGGCGAUGAAAACGCGCUUCAGGAACAAUUGGACCCGCAAAAACAAAAUGGCAAAGACGCCAGUGCUAAAGCCGCCAAGAGAGCUUUGAAAAAAGCCAAAAAAGAAGCCAGAAGAAAAAUGCUCGGCGGUCUUUCACCAGCCAGAUCACCUUGCAACGGAUCUCCGAGAUAUAGCACGACGUUCGAUCCGAUCUCGUAUCAUCGUAGAAAGCACAAAGUCAAGCACAAGAAGAAGCACAAAGAGGAACGUAAGCACAAGAGCCUCGUUCAAACCCUGCAGACCGAGGAGGCCGAGAACAAAGGUGGACGAAAGGGAGACUCGACGGAGUCAAAUAUCAUAGCUUCUAACGUUGAGGAAGAAAAUCCUGACUGGAACGUUAAUCCUGAUGGAGAAACGUACACGGCUAUAAAGGAACAGUGCCUCAAGCAGAAGUUAUCUAUUUCAUUGAAGAGAUUGAACACGAACGCUUACGCAGCAAGAUGCGAUUAUCCGGUGAGCAACGCCUCUUCAGGAUGCAAAAGUCCUGGCGCAAGCAGCGACGAGCUUAGCGAACCUGAACCCGAAGUUGAUGCGGUUGAAACCGCGCCCGAUUUUCCACCGCCAUCGCAUCCUUUGACCAUUCGUUUGGCUGCUACACCCGUGGCUCAUUGUCUUACGGCGAGCGGAAGGCGAAUGGACGUUGGCGACGUCGUGUGGGGAAAAAUUCACGGGUUUCCUUGGUGGCCUGGGAAGGUUCUCAGUAUAUCGGUAUCUUGCAGCGAGAAUGGCAACUCGUCGGAUGCUCAGGCUCAUGUCGCCUGGUACGGUUCGUCGACGUGUUCAUUGAUGUCGUGCGAUCGACUGAGUCCUUUCCUCGAGACGUUCAAGGCACGUUACAACAAGAAAAAACGUGGCCCUUACAAAGAGGCGAUAAGACAGGCCCAGUCCGAAGCGAGAAGUCAAAUAGCUCCGAACUCGACGACGAGUGGAGUAUUGAACGUUUGUGGCUCACCUCGUGAGGUGAACGUACUUUCCUGAGGUCAAAAAACACGACGUAGUAGUCGCAGAAGAAAAAUCAUUUAUUCCACACUGCCCUGAUUGACAAAGAUUCUUUGUCAGCAUGAAAAAUGAAGGAGAAGACGAAGGAGGAGAUGAAGAAUGAAAAGCGGAGGAAAACAACGUUUAACGAAGAAAGCUGAUAGAGCGAGAGGAGACGAACGUGCCGGUUUGGAAUUGCUAAAUGUAACAUAAAACCUGUACAGAAUGCAUUUACAGUUAACGCAGAAAUCGUAGCUGAGACUCGAGGGUGUAAUAUGGGUCGGAAUGGCUAAUUAGUCGACGCAUUUUUGAGGGACGAAUCGUCUAAGCGCGUUGGCAGCAUUUUAAGCUUGUUAAUUUAUGUUUUUAUCAUAUUUUUGUUCUCGCUUUUUUCGUUCUCUGUUUUUGAAAGCGUUUUUUCUUUUUUUUCUCGUUUAUCGCACGAACUCGUGCGGAAAUUUUUGUCCUCCUUUCAACUAUCCGUCUCGCCUCGUUGAAAUGCCAAGUCUCGUGUGCCAGUUCAAUUCCAGAGACUUCUUCGAUUCGUUUAUCGCUUUUACAGCGGUUCCAACCACUGCCGAGUAACUUGAUGAGGCAUCCACGCGCAUUUAUGGUGUUCGAUUUCAGACGAUUAUCGAAUGAGGAAAAAUUCACGUUGAGUCAUUGAUUCAUACACAAUUCCACCCACGAAACAGGGAUCAGGAAAGUUUCGGCGUUCUUUACAUUACCUUCUGAAGCAUCACCUUUUUGGUAGACGAAUAGAUAAAUAAAUUCAUCAGACUGCUGGCAAAAUAAAAUUUUCUCGACUCACUUGACUGACGCAAACGAUCUAUGACUUCGAAUUUAGAAACGUACACUUGGCCAAAGCUUGUGCAGCCAUUCGAGAAAUAUUUAUCGGAAUAGACACACAGAAGGGGGAAAAUAUUUUAUCCUCGCUCUUCGUACGAGGAGGGGGGAUCCCUCGAUAACCCGUUGUGUAUAUUCAAGAAUAUCUGUGAAUUCUCGACGAUCCAAAGACCGGAGUUUCAAAAGUUUUCCUCGUUCGAAAAAAAUACCGAUAAUUACAGAAUUUUAUUGAACCUCGAUAUUUCAUUUCGGGUUAACCUUGAUUUCGUGAAUAUUCUUCGUCGCAUUGAACAGCCGUUGAUCUAACUGCACAAAGCCACACACAGGAGCACGGUUAUGAAAAUAAAGUACAUUUUUCCAUAGCGUCGUUCUUCGAGCUCGUGCAAAAGAAAGAUUUUUUUCCUCAAUUUCGACGUCCGGGUUUUUGUCAGAUCUUGAAAUUCCAGAAAACAACCUGUACCAUCAGUUCUGAUGAAUUUCAGAAAUUCGUCGAAAUUAUCAACAUUUCUUUUUUAUUUAAAAAAAAACUCAUCAGUAACUAAAGAAAAUGAAAAAAACAUUCUUCCUUAUACAUACUAAAGAGCAAAAUAACGAUUCUCAUCAGAGGGCGCAAACUUCCUUGAUUCAAUCGAAUGAAAGUUUUUGCCAUUUAUUUGCUUUUAACAAUAACAAAAAUUGUUUUGAGUAACUGUGAUUUUUUCAACUGUUUUUUAUUAUGUAUAAAUAUAUAUUAUAUAUAUAUAUCUGCAUAGAUUUAUUAUUAUUAUUAUUGUUACUGAUACAUUAAUUAUUGAAUAAUUCUUGUGUGUAGUAAAUGAAGAUUCUUCUGGAGGUGCAAGGACAAGACACACGUGUAAUCGCGAAGAUUUCAUUUAAAGGCUUAAAAGUUGUACGCUUUUUUCAAACGACACUGAUGUGCUCGUGGAAGCUUGGGAAAUGUGCGGCUUUUCUUAAGCGCAGUCAAAUAUAACGAAGUUGUGUGGCUGCCUAUUCGUUUUUUUUUUUUUUUUUUUUUCAUAUUUCUUUAGUUGUAGUCUCAAUUAGCAGCACUAUAGAGUGUGAUUUUGGACAGGCGUCAAAAGUCACACGUUAGGAAAUGAAAAAAGCAUCGAAAAAUGUGUUUUUCUACAGACUCCAAAGCCAAGAAAAUGAUGGUGGAUUAUAACGAUAUAAACGAAAAUGCGUUUCUCGUGAUAAUGACAUUCGAGAAUACACGAUCUUGUAAAAUAAGACGAAAUAAAAAUGUAAACGAAUAUACAAAUGAUAGAAGAACAGAAACUACAAGCACGUAAUUAUAUUUAUACGAUAAAUGAACACUUAGGCAUGUACGAAGCCAUGAUAUCGUCGUAAAACUACUUUUUCUCCAAAUCGGAGAGAAGAAGAGAGAAAAUAAUAGAAAUUCAUCGGAACAUGCCAAGUGCCACUUGAGUAACGAGAAGCGGAGACUCGAAGAGUGAGCCUGCACGGGAAUGAAAUAAAAAAUGAUGUGUAUAAUUUUUUUACCGACACUCUCGAUGUUCGUGUAUUUGAAAAAGUAACAGAAAUCGAUUAUAACUUGCGAUUUAACGACAGUGACAAUAUUUUUUUUUUUCAGUCACUUGGCAAAUCGAAUUCAUUCGUGAAUGACUUGUUGUACGAUGACGACGACGAUGAUGAAAUGAUGUUCGAAUAAAACGACGGAUAUCGCCGAUCGCUAUACCGUCUUCCAUUUAGAAACAAUAGUCCGUUAUUAUAUGGUUUUUUUCCUCGUCAAACGUGGUACGAAGUAAUAAGUAGAUAAAUAUGUGACAUUUGGCGACUUCGAUGAACGCACGUUGUACGUGCGUCGCACAUCGAAUAAUUGUACUUGUAUGUGACUGCCUGUGUGUCUGCGCGUGUGUGUACGCGUGCGAGUGCGACUUACUCUGGAGCACGCAACGAAAAUGAAUUGAAAAACUUGGGAUAAUUGGCUUCUCGCAUCACUAACGAGCCUUUUCGAAUAUCAGACGAUUCGAAGGCUCUCUUUUUUUACAUUUUAAAGUCCGUCGCGUAUUUCAUACACUGGGUAAAGAAAUGUAAGUUCAAAGGAAGAGCCUAUAUAUGCGACGUUUCGAUUUGUAUAAACAACAAAAUAUACUUUUCUUCAUAA